UCAUUGCUUGAAAAUUAAAUUAGUUCAUAGAUUUUAAUUAAAAAGGUAUAACAAAGCUAAAAAUAUAACUCAGCAAUAUAAUAGAUUAUCAAAGUUAGUUUCAUUUUAAAAAGUUAAAAUUUUUACAUGAGAAGAGCUUAAUCUUCGUAGGGAAAUAGGCAAAUGUUUGGAAAUAUCUCUGCUUAUAAUCCAUUCAACCCACUUUAGUCAUAUCUUAUAGAAAACUAUAAUCAUAAAUAAUAUAUCAAUUCUAUUGCUAAUUAGAGGAUUACUUAUUUUUUAGAUAAAAGAAUGACAAAAGAAGACGAAAUUUAUCGUCAGAUGUUGAAAAAUUCAAUUGCAACUGGAGUCAUGGCUGAUGACAAAUUCAGCUCUUACUUAUAAAAAGUCACAAAAGCUAGAGAAUAAUCAGAAAUAGAAGCUAUUUAGAUGCGUCAAGAAUAAAUUAAAACUGAAUAAAUGGUUAAAUCAGCUAAGAAUCUAAAACCUAAAAAUGCCAUCAAGCAUGUCAAGAUUACCUAAGAAGAAUUUGCUAUAAAUAACUGUGCCUAAAUAACAGAUUAAGAAGAACUUAAAAAGCAAAUAUAACAAUUAGUGCAUGUCAAUAAAAUAAAAAAUUUUGUAUAAAGAAUUAAUAAUAAGAAGCAAAUAAAAUACUUAAAUAAGGCUCUUGAUGAAAUAAAACAGCAUCACAACAAGCGAGAUAAACCAAUAAAAUAUAUAAAUAAUGAAAAUAAAGAUCCAAGAGCUCUCCAUAAGCCUCUUAGAAUGCCUAUAACAGACUUUAAAGUAGUUAAGCUGAAACAGAAGCCUUUAAAUUUAUCUGAUGAUCUUACUAUUAAUUUCUUCGAUUAUUAAGCUAAACCUCAUUAAAUAGUGGUUCCUAAGAAAACAGCUGAAUAAGAAAAGAUAAGAGAAAAUGAAGUAAUCACAAACUUAGGUUUUAAAAUCAGGUAAACUUCUGAGAUUUCGGUAGUGGCUUAAUCAAGAAAUGCUUCUCCUCAAAAAUCUAAUUCUCCCGAAAGACAACACCAUUAGAGUUAAUUUUUCUAAAGUCGUAGAAACAGAAAUAUGGCAAGAGAGAAGGGCUUGAUGAUAGACUUAGAUCAAAUAGAAAAGUAAGCAAAAGAGGAAAUUUUGCAGGAACAAAAAGAAAAUGAAUUGUUUUAAGAAAAUCCUCAAGAUAAUCUUUUUGUGACUUCUUACAUACCUACUUAACAUAUUCAGCAGAGAUUAGGAUCAGCAGAUUCUCAUAAAACUGUAUAGUAAUCAAAGUUUUAGUAGCUGAGAUUACAAGAUACUGUUUCACCAUAAGAUCUAAAAAACUAGGGUAAAAAAGUAUCACUUAAUUAAAUGGGAUCUUUUAAUAUAGAUAGUGCUGUUAAUAGCUAGAAAGAAAUCAAUAUAGUUGCACAGCCAAGCUUGACUUAGAGCUAGCUAAGCUAAAGGUUUAAAUAAUCUAAUAAAAUGAACAAUCUUAUUGAUCAGAUGAAUGAUUAUUAAAAUUCUAGUAAUACUAAAAAUAUCAAUAACAUAAUCAAUAAGUUUUAAAAUGAUUAUGAUAAAAUGAGCCAGCAGUAUUUCGAUAAAGAUUUAUAAUAAUAAACAGAUUUAGAAUAAACUCUCCGUGAUCCUGAAAAAAAAUCCUUCUUGGUCAAAACAAAAAAAUAACUUGUAAAAUGA